AUGACGGAAAGACGUCGAACUCGAUCGCAGACAGCGCACAAAAAAAAGGACCCAUCACCCGAGCCCAAAGACCACGCUCACGACCAAGCCGCAACGGGUGCCAAUUCCGACCCCAGCAAUGUCGCGCAGGAGAUAAAAGGACCUUCAAAUCUGGGAGAGCCACUACGUUCGCAGAAGCCCUCUCCUGAGGCAAAUGGCUUCGCAGAGCAUAUCCCCGAGGACGCCCCGCUAGACGCGGCAUCGCCGUCCGUCUUCUCCGCUGAUAACGCUUCUUCCUUCUUACGCAAGGACAAAAAAAUCUCCGGUCUCUGCCGUAACCUGAUUGGCGACGUGUAUCGCGAGCAGACCGUCACCGAGCUUGGUGCUGACGUAGAUAAUCGUCAAUAUGCACCGAGAAAGGGUGGCAAAUAUGGCGUUCCUUUAGGCCCAGUCAUCUUCCUCGAAGUUGGUCCCCACUUUGACAGUGACCAACUUUGGGAGGAGCUUGAGCUGCGGAAUAAGCCGGUCUUGGCAUUUGCGCAGAGGCGCCUUCGGAGGGUGCGAAUGUCGCAAGACAAGGUUCAGCCGGGGGUGGCAUCAGAAGACAAACAACAGACCAAUCCACAGCUCGCGGAGGAAGAUGUGGGGCAUACUGAAAACCAAGCUGAAAAUGGAGAUGCACCCGAGGCAUCUGAAUCUGCGGCCGAGAAGGAAUUGGAUGUUGAUUUCGAGGGCUUACAAGAUAUUCUCCAGCAGAAGAAAGCAGGCGAGAAGCGCAGGGUCUCGUUUGCUCCUGAUGUUGAUCAGCAUAGCAGGGAAAAGGGAGAAGAGUUGAAGGGAGAUGCUACUAUUGCAAUCGAAGACGGAUUCUUUUCUUUGGAAGACAUGGAAAUGUUUGCGGACGAAGCAGAGGAAUUGGCCGUAGCAGGGAAAUUGAUGGAGUCGGAUGACGAGCAAGAUUCAGAUGAUGCAGCCCCAGUGCGUACGAAGGAACUUCCAGACAAUCCAGGACGCGUGCGAUAUGCCGAUUUCUUCGAUCCACCAUCGAAAGAAGACGGAAACGCACAAGUCACUGAUAACGCCUCUGGAAUCCUUGAGUCCAUAGAAGAUGGGGACAGUGAUAGUGAUACCGCCCCUACUCCAUUGGCUACGUCGAGAACGCGCACACGUCAAAUCAUUAGCGCUAUGGAGGAGGAGAAUGUCAGCAAGCGACCGUGGCAGCUACGCGGAGAGGUCUCCGGCCACUCCCGUCCACAAGGCAGUCUAUUGGAGACAGACAUGGAUCACGAUUCAGUUAGCAGACCGUCAUUGCUCACUGGCACCGAAAAAAACGAAACUAUUGAGGACAUUAUCCGACAGCGGAUUACGGAUGGUCUUUUCGACGACGUUGUCAGAUUGUAUGAGCUACCUGAAAAUUACAAGAAGCCCCGAAGCGAGUCUUUGCCAGAGGUGUCACAGGAGAAGUCGACAGAAGGCCUCGCAGAGCUGUAUGCCCGGGACUUUGUAGAUGCGAAAGAGACUGCUUUGAAGAAGGAGCGGUCGCGAGAUGUACAAAAAGAAGUAGAAGACGAAAGUCCAGAACAAAAAGAAGUCAAUCGUCUGUAUGAGAAGCUGGCCAGCAGAUUAGAUGCCCUAGCCGGCAUCCAGUUCACACCCCACUUGAAGCUUCUCAGGAGCGAAAUGAGGGUUGAAGGCAACGUAAUGGCGUUGCAAUCGGAGGAAGCCAUUCCGGAAGGAGUGAGUGACGCUACCGUCCUUACCGCCAAGGAGACGUUUUCCGUCGACAAGAAGACACUGGUGGGGGAAAGGGAGGUGACGAAGGGCGAGAGAAAGGCUGCUCGGGGUAAACGUAAACGCGGGAGAAAAAAUGCGGGAAGUGCGAAGGAACGGGCAACUCAGCUCAUGCAGCAGUCCGAUCCUAUGCGAGUGGCCAAACGUCGGGCGGAGGAGGCACUUCGUCGAAGAGGCAAGAAAAUCCGGGCAGAAGCAGUAUCACCAACUGCUGGGAUAAAGACGGCAGCGUCGUAUUUCGCGCCCAGAAUGGAAGCGAAGGGCGAACCGGAUGUGGCGAUGGGCCUUGAACCCCGCAAGGCUUCGAAUUUAAUUUUGUAGACUCGAUGAAAGUUCGCUUCCAGACGCGAAGAUGUACUACCCGCAUAGCACAUCAUUCAGUCUCAAUAGGCUUUUUUGAGUGAGAUUAGAACACGCCACUGUAACCGUGCUGGAUCUAUUAAAGGGCGAUUUGAUCUUCUCAUUGGAGGGAGACUGUGAAUUCGCAACUCAGA